AAUGGUUUUAGUUGAACCAAAAUAUAACCAAACACGCUAAACGUUGGUUAGCUUGUUGUAGCAACUAGCAUGUGAUCUUCUUACAAAAUACAAAUGCUUGCGAAACUAUACCACGAAAGGUACGCACCACGUAAUAUACAGAUCAGAUAGAGGGAGAAUACAGUUAACCCAGAAAACCCAAUAAAGAAGAGAAAAAAAAAGGAUAUUCCAAAUUUCUAAGAACAUAGAAAAAGGAGGAAGGGAUAGAUUUAGGGAACCAAAUAUAAUUUGUCUGCGUGAUCACAUUUCUGGGUCUUAACCCAGAUUUUUGAUCCACAGUUGAGGGGAUUUUCAAGCUGGGUUUUGCUUUUAUUUUGCUGGAUUUUUGAGGGUUGAUUAUAUAAUAAUAAAGAUUUAAGCUUUGAUUGUAAACAUGGUAAGGUCGGAUUAUAGUGAUCAAGGGAUUGAUUUGAAUGUUGAACCUGAAUCAUCAAUUCCAUGUUCCAUUUGUUUUGAUUUGGUUACCUAUGAUGGGGAUAGAUCCAGGGCUAAGCUUAAAUGUGGUCAUGAAUUUCAUCUGGAAGUGGCUGGGGUAGUUGCGAAACAAAAUGGCUGGAUCAUUGUUAUUAAUGACUGCAUUGGUUCUGCGUUUAAUGCGAAGGGAGCUAUGCAAUGUCCGAAUUGCCGGUCAGUUGAGAAAGGUCAAUGGAAAUAUUCUAGUGGUUCUCUUACGUCUCCGGAGCUAGGUGUCGAUGAUGGAAGUGUUGAUCACUAUCCCUUUUAUUUCACUCUUGCUGAAACGCCCUAUAGAGUUCACAUAUGUCCGUUUCGUGGAUUCACACAAUUUUAUCCAUCUUCUCAGCCAAGCAUUGGAGUUAUGAGCGCAUUAACACCGAUGGUCGCUCAUCAGCAUCCUGGCGCAAGCGGCCUUCACCCUCACGGAUGGGUUCAGUUUCAACACACAUCAUUUCUACAUCCCCAUCAAGCAUCAGGCCUACCUGUGCCCAUUAGUAGCAGCCCCGUAAGAUUCGACACUCAAAGAAGCAUGCCUAGAUUUGUGCCUUUAGGACAAUUAUAUGAGCCUAAUCCGACUUUCUCAUACUACGCGGACAGUUCUUCCAGAGCCCAUCCGUGGAGCAGAGAUAACGGUCCUCACUUUCUAUUGCCAUGAAGGGUUAUUAUCAAUGUAUGUAUAAAAUAUACAGCAUUCCUAUCUCAAGCUCAUCAAACUUUGGUGAAAAAUAUAACCUUUGGUGGAUUUUGCUUGAGGUAUAAUGUUCAUAUUAUGUAGAUCAUGAAUGCUGUGAAACCCUGCUACGGAAACUUCAUCGUCGAGAUCAAUCUUGUAAAUUUGGAAAACAAUCAAUUCGGACCCAUAAUUUGUACAUUUUGUUGAACGAUGUGUAUUCAUGCCGAAUGAAAACUUAGUCGUACGUAAA